AAAAGCAAAUAAUGAACUGUUGAAAAGUCAACAAUCUGGAGCAGCAGCCCAUAUUAUAGCUAACAAUGUAAAGAUGUUGCAGUUUCAUGUAGCUACUUUAGUGGACAAUGAUAAACCUUGGAUGCAAAAGCUUUGCAGAAAUCAGGAAAACCAUUAAAAGCUAUCAAGGCACGUCUGUCUGGAAAAGAAGGGAGGAUAAGAGGAAAUUUGAUGGGAAAACGUGUUGAUUUCUCAGCACGUACCGUAAUUACGCCCGACCCUAACUUACGUAUUGACCAAGUAGGAGUACCAAAGUCGAUUGCACAGAAUUUGACUUUCCCGGAGUUAGUAACACCAUUCAACAUUGAUAUAAUGCAAGAAUUAGUACGUCGUGGCUCUUCACAAUACCCCGGGGCAAAGUACAUAGUCCGUGACAAUGGGGAGAGGAUAGAUUUGCGGUUCCACCCCAAGCCAUCAGACUUACAUUUACAGUUCGGAUACAAAGUGGAACGCCAUCUGAGAGAUGAUGAUUUAGUUAUCUUUAACCGUCAACCCACAUUGCACAAAAUGAGUAUGAUGGGGCACAGGGUAAAAGUAUUGCCGUGGUCAACAUUCCGUAUGAAUUUAAGUUGUACUUCUCCAUAUAAUGCCGACUUUGACGGGGACGAAAUGAACUUGCAUGUGCCUCAAUCAAUGGAGACAAGAGCCGAAAUAGAGAAUAUCCACAUAACUCCUAGACAAAUAAUUACUCCACAAUCUAACAAACCCGUCAUGGGAAUAGUACAAGAUACACUAACAGCAGUCAGAAAGAUGACCAAACGAGAUGUGUUCUUAACAGAAGAACAGUUAAUGAACCUUAUUAUGUUUUUACCUACUUGGGAUGGUAAAAUACCACAACCUUGCAUCUUAAAACCACGACCGCUUUGGUCCGGUAAACAAUUGUUUACAUUGAUAAUUCCUGGAAAACUCAACAUGAUGGCUAUGCAUUCAGAGGAAGAUGAUGGUGCUAACAAAUGGAUUUCUCCUGGUGAUAACAAAGUAGUAGUCGAAAAUGGAGAGCUACUUAUGGGAAUAUUAUGCAAAAAGUCUUUGGGCGCUGCAGCUGGCUCCCUGCUUCAUAUUUGCAGGUUGGAACUUGGACACGAAAUUGCUGGUAAAUUUUACGGAAAUAUUCAAACAGUUAUCAACAAUUGGCUUCUGAUUGAAGGCCACUCAAUAGGUAUUGAAGACGCAAUUGCCGAUUCUCAAACGUAUAGAGAAAUUCAACAAGCUAUUGUUCGAGCUAAAGAUGAUGUUGCAGAGGUAACACAAAAAGCAUAUAAUAUGGAAUUGGAAUCUACACCUGGAAAUACAAUAAAACAAUCUUUCGAAAAUAAAGUUAACAGUAUUUUAAAUGACGCACGCGACAAAACUGGCAGAAUGGCAAUGAAAUCACUGACUGAGUUCAACAACCUCAAAGCCAUGGUCAUAUCGGGAUCAAAAGGUUCAAGUCUCAAUAUUUCACAGGUUAUUGCCUGUGUAGGACAACAAAAUGUUGAAGGCAAACGUAUCCCAUUUGGUUUCCGAAAAAGAAGUUUACCACACUUCAUCAAAGAUGAUUACGGCCCUGAGUCAAGAGGUUUCGUGGCAAAUUCGUACCUUGCGGGUUUAACUCCCUCCGAAUUUUAUUUUCAUGCUAUGGCUGGCCGUGAAGGUCUUAUUGAUACUGCCGUCAAGACUGCUGAUACAGGUUACAUACAACGUCGACUUAUAAAGGCUAUGGAAUCAAUAAUGGUACAUUACGAUGGGACUGUGCGUAACUCAGUUAAUCAAGUAAUUCAACUAAGAUAUGGCGAAGAUGGUCUAACUGAAGAAAUGGUUGAAUCACAGAACUUACCGACCAUCAAACUUUCAAACAAAGCCUUUCAGAACAACUUCAAGUUUGAUAUUUCCAACGAAGAAUACUUGUCAAGCUUAUUUAACGAUAAUGUUCGUAAAGAACUCAUGGAAUCUGGUUAUGUUAUUUCUGAAAUUGAAAAUGAAUGGGAGCAACUUAAUAAGGACCGACAUGAUUUGCGUCAAAUAUUUCGUAGUGGGGAUUCUAAAGUAGUACUGCCGUGUAAUUUGAAAAGAAUGAUUUGGAACGUUCAACGGACCUUCCACAUAAACAAAAAAAUGCCGACCGAUCUGAGCCCCAGCAAAGUAAUUCACGGAGUUAAGGAUCUGUUGAAGAAAUGCAUUAUAGUGGUUGGGGAUGACAAUAUUUCGAAACAAGCGAAUGAAAAUGCCACAAUGUUGUUUCAAUGUUUAGUAAGGUCAACACUUUGUACAAAGCAAAUGGUGGAAGAACAUCGUUUGACAAGUGAAGCUUUUGAUUGUUUGAUUGGGGAAAUUGAGACUCGUUUUCAACAGGCUUUAGUUGAUCCUGGAGAGAUGGUAGGGGCCCUUGCUGCACUAUCUCUCGGUGAACCAGCUACACAGAUGACAUUAAAUACUUUUCAUUUUGCUGGAGUAUCAUCUAAAAACGUUACUCUUGGUGUGCCAAGGCUAAAUGAACUGAUAAAUAUUUCAAAGAAACCGAAGGCGCCUUCGCUAACAGUGUUCUUAGCUGGCAGUGCAGCAAGAGAUGCUGAUAAAGCUAAAGACGUACUUUGUAGAUUGGAACACACUACACUUCGUAAAGUUACUGCGAACACUGCAAUUUUCUACGAUCCUGAUCCUCUAAAUACAGUUAUUCCUGAAGAUCAAGAAUUCGUUACUGCUUACUACGAGAUGCCAGACUUUGAUAUAACAAAAAUAUCGCCUUGGCUUUUACGUAUUGAGUUGAAUCGUAAGAGAAUGACUGACAAGAAACUCACUAUGGAACAGAUCGCAGAAAAAAUUAACACUGAAUUUGGGGGUGAUUUGAUUUGCAUUUUCAACGACGAUAACGCUGAAAAGCUUGUGUUACGCAUAAGAGUUAUCAACACCGACAUAAACAAAUUUGAUAAUAAUGAAGAAGAAAAUAGAGAUAAAAUGGAAGACGAUGUAUUUCUAAGAUAUAUUGAAUCUAAUAUCUUAUCUGAUAUGACCCUCAGAGGUAUAGAAUCUAUUGAUAAAGUGUACAUGCACUUACCUCAAACAGAUGCGAAGAAAAGAAUUAUUAUAAAUGAACGAGGUGAAUUUAAGGCAAUUUCGGAAUGGUUGCUAGAAACUGAUGGCACUUCAUUACUUAAAGUUCUCUCGCAAGAAGGUGUGGAUCCAAUUUGGACAUACAGCAACGAUAUUUGUGAAGUAUUCCAAGUUCUGGGUAUUGAAGCUGUGCGAAAAUGUUUGGAAAAGGAAAUAAAAGCGGUCUUGGACUUUUAUGGUUUAUACGUGAAUUACCGGCAUCUCUCAUUGCUUUGCGAUGUUAUGACUGCUAAAGGCCAUCUUAUGGCUGUUACUCGCCAUGGCAUCAACAGGCAGGACACUGGAGCUCUCAUGAAAUGUUCCUUCGAAGAAACGGGUGAUAUAUUGUUUGAUGCUGCUGGUCAUGCUGAAGUCGACCCUAUGAAAGGCGUCUCGGAAAAUAUAAUCAUGGGUCAAUUGCCAGAAUAGGCACAGGGUGCUUUGAUUUGCUACUAGAUGACAUGAAGUGUAAACGAGCUAAACUUCUUGAAUCGGGAUUAGGGUUUGGAGUCCGGUCUACGUAUUUGAGGGAAAUAACGCCACAUAUUAU